CGGGCGUUCCGGGCGCAGCGCUUCGCUCGCGCGCGGGAGGCUGCGGAGCCGCCGCUUCGGGUGCAGAAGCCAUGGAGUUGAACUGCAGCGAAGUACCUCUUUAUGGGCAGAUGACGGUCUAUGCGAAGUUUGGCAAAAACGUUUAUCUUCCUAAAGAUGCCGAGUUUUACUUUAUUUAUAACGGAUCUCGUCAGAGACACGUCGUGAUUGCGGAGCGCACAGAGGAUAAUGUUCUGCAAUCCAGUGUUCCAGGCCACGGGCUUCAGGAGACGGUGACGGUGUCUGUGUGCCUCUGCUCAGAAGGUUACUCCCCAGUGACCAUGGGCUCCGACUGCGUGACCUACGUGGACAACAUGGCCUGCAGGCUGGCUCGUUUGCUGGUCACCCAAGCCCAUCGCCUCACAGCCAGUAGCCACCAGACCUUGCUGACCCCGUUUGCCCUGACGGUGGGAGCAUUGCCUGCUCUGGACGAGGAGCUGGUGCUGGCUCUGACCCAUCUGGAGUUGCCUCCUGGGUGGACUGUCUUGGGAAAUUCUUCAGUUGAAGUUUCUCUACACAGGGAGUCUGUUCUGCACCUGGCUGUGAGAUGGGGCCUUGCCAAGCUCUCCCAGUUCCUCCUGUGUCUCCCGGGUGGCGUCCAGGCCUUGGCUCUACCCAACGAGGAGGGUGCCACGCCAUUAGAUUUAGCUUUACAUGGCGGACACUCCCAGCUGGUUGAAGACAUCACAAACUUCCAGGGCAGGCGGUCCCCAGGCUUCUCCCGGGUGCAGCUCAGCGAAGACGCCUCCCUGCGGUACAUUCACUCAUCAGAAACACUGACCCUGACGCUCAACCACACAGCCGAGCAUUUGCUGGAGGCAGAUAUUAACCUCUUCAGGAAGUACUUUUGGGAUAGAGCCUUUCUCAUCAAGACUCUUGGAGAGCAAGAAGCUAGGUCAGGGGAAAAACCAGAUAUGCCCUCCAGUGCUGCAGAAACCGCAGAAGAGAUUAAGAAUUUGGUGUUCAGCAGAUCGUCACCUGGAAAGCAGGAUGGAAAGUGUGUGAGAAGCCUGGAGACUCGACCGGAUGGGUGUGAGGACCAGGACAGCCUAGAUGCAGAUUGUUCCUGUGAUGUCCUCAAAAGAUCCAGGCAUCCCCCAGCGUUCCUUGCUGCCGGCCGGCUUUCUGACAUGCUUAAUGGUGGAGAUGAAGUCUAUGCUAACUGCAUGGUGAUAGAUCAGGUUGGUGAUCUGGACAUUAACUAUAUUAAUAUAGAGGGAGUCACUACAGACGCUUGCCCUGAGUCCAUGGGUUCUACUCGGGGGCCUCAGAGCAGCAAGCUCAUCCCUCCUACCCAAACCAGCCCUGGAGUGUCCCCACCAAAGGAGAACAAGGAAGUGACAUCAUACACUGAAGUGCAGCCGUCUUUCAUCUCAUCAUCAAGCUCAUAUGCUUCCAAUUUGAAUCUUUCUUUUGGUCUUCAUGGAUUUGAAAAGGAACAGAGUCAUCUAAAGAAAAGAAGUUCCAGCCUUGACGCCCUGGAUGCCGACAGUGAGGGCGAAGGGCAAUCGGAGCAGCCACACCAUUGUUUCACUCCAGUGUCUCAGAGCUCCUCGAGAACUGGCCUUCCUAGUGGGGACGAGCUGGACUCCUUUGAGACCAACCCUGAAGCAGAUUUUAAUAUCUCCAGGACUGAAUCACUUUCUUUAUCAAGUAACCCACAGCUGAAGGAAUCAUUGCUUUCUGGAGUUCGCUCACGUUCUUAUUCCUGCUCAUCACCCAAAAUUUCUUUAGGAAAAGCUCGACUGAUGCGUGAUUUUACAGUGUGCAGUUCAGUUGAAGAGCAAAGAGCUUACAGCUUACCGGAGCCACCAAGAGAAAAAAGAAUUCAGGAGGAAGAAUGGGAUAAAUACAUCAUACCGGCCAAAUCAGAGUCUGAAAAAUACAAAGUGAGUCGGACUUUCAGCUUCCUCAGGAAUAGGAUGACCAGCCCUCGGAAUAAAUCUAAGACAAAAGGCAAGGAUGCCAAAGACAAAGAGAAACUGAGUCGACAUCAGUUUGUCCCUGGAACAUUCGCUGGGGGUCUGCAGUGUUUGGCCUGUGAUAAAACGGUCCUGGGGAAAGAGUCAUUCCAGUGCUGCAACUGUAAUGCGAACGUACAUAAGGGCUGUAAAGAUGCCGCCCCUCCCUGUACCAAGAAACUCCAAGAGAAAUAUAACAAGAACAAACCACAGACCAUCCUUGGAAAUUCUUCGUUUAGAGACGGCCCCUUGCCUGGUCCCUCCUUGCACCCUUCCGCCUCCAUGCCGAUCGGGCUGCCGGCUGGGAGGAAGGAAACCACAGGGCAAGUCCAUCCGUUGUCCAGAAGCGUUCCUGGCACCACCUUCGAAAGCUUCAGGAGGUCAGGGAUGUCCCUGGAGUCCGAGAGUGACGGGAGCACCUGGAGAAGCAGGUCGCAUUCCGAUGUGUUCCAGCCCAUGGGCUCGUCUCCCUCCACGGACUCCUUCUUAAUGGAAGUUGAUGUCGUGGAUUCAUCUAUGUGGCGUGACCUCAGCGGUGACGCCCAGGAGUUCGAAGCAGAAUCUUGGAGUCUGGUGGUGGACCCCUCGUUUUGUAGUCGGCAGGAGAAGGAUGUCAUCAAGAGACAGGAUGUCAUUUUUGAGCUAAUGCAGACAGAGAUGCACCACAUCCAGACCCUGCUCAUCAUGUCUGAGGUCUUCCGGAAGGGGAUGAAAGAGGAGCUGCAGCUUGACCACAGCACCGUGGAUAAAAUCUUCCCCUGUUUAGAUGAGUUACUCGAAAUCCACAGGCAUUUCUUCUAUAGUAUGAAGGAGCGAAGGCAGGAAUCCGGUGCUGGCAGCGACAGGAAUUUCAUCAUCAACCGAAUUGGCGAUAUUCUAGUCCAACAAUUUUCAGAAGAAAAUGCAAAUAAAAUGAAGAAAAUAUAUGGAGAAUUCUGUAGCCACCACAAAGAGGCUGUUAGCCUCUUUAAAGAACUCCAGCAGAAUAAAAAGUUUCAGAAUUUUAUUAAGCUCCGAAACAGUAAUCUUUUGGCUCGAAGGCGAGGAAUUCCAGAAUGCAUUCUGCUGGUCACUCAGCGCAUCACAAAAUACCCUGUCUUGGUGGAAAGGAUAUUGCAGUACAGUAAGGAGAACACUGAAGAACAUAAAGACUUAUGCAAAGCUCUUGGCUUAAUUAAAGACAUGAUUGCAGCCGUGGAUUUAAAAGUCAGCGAAUAUGAGAAAAAAAAAUGGCUUGAGAUCCUAAGUAAGAUCGAAAACAAGACAUACACCAAGCUCAAGAACGGCCAUGUGUUUAGGAAGCAGACGCUGAUGAGUAAAGAGAGGACCCUGCUGUAUGACGGCCUUGUUUAUUGGAAAACGGCUACGGGUCGUUUCAAAGAUGUCCUAGCUCUACUCCUGACUGAUGUGCUGCUAUUUUUACAAGAAAAAGACCAGAAAUACAUCUUUGCAGCGGUCGAUCAGAAGCCAUCAGUGAUUUCCCUUCAGAAGCUGAUUGCUCGAGAAGUUGCGAAUGAGGAGAGAGGGAUGUUUCUGAUCAGCGCUUCCUCUGCUGGUCCUGAGAUGUAUGAAAUUCAUACCAAUUCCAAGGAGGAACGAAAUACUUGGAUGAGACGGAUCCAACAGGCAGUAGAAAGUUGCCCAGAAGAGGAAGGGGGAAGGACAAGCGAGUCUGAUGAAGAGAGGCGGAAAGCUGAAGCCAGAGUGGCCAGAAUUCAGCAAUGCCAAGAAAUACUCAGUAAUCAAGACCAACAGAUUUGUACAUGUUUGGAGGAGAAGCUGCAUAUCUAUGCUGAACUUGGAGAACUGAGUGGAUUUGAGGAUGUCCAUCUAGAGCCCCACCUCCUCAUUAAACCAGACCCCGGAGAGCCUCCCCAGGCAGCCUCAUUACUGGCAGCAGCACUGAAAGAAGCAGAGAGCCUGCAGGUGGCAGUGAGGGCCUCGCAAAUGAGCGACGCGAGCCGGUCAUCGGAGCAAGGCUGCGGAGAGCCUGCUUUGCAGGAUGUGCUCAGCCCUCCGGGCGCGUCAGGAUCGCCUCCUGCUUCACUAGUCACAGAAGGGACAGGAGGAAGAGGCUGUUGGGAUGUGGAUCCUGGGACCCAGGGUGUGGGAGCCGACCUGGCAGUCCCUGAUGCAGGGGAGAAGGUGGAAUAUAGAAGUUUCCCAGGUUCUUCCCAGUCAGAGAUUAUACAAGCGAUACAGAAUUUAACCCGUCUCUUAUACAGCCUUCAGGCCGCCUUGACCAUUCAGGACAGCCACAUUGAGAUCCACAGGCUUGUGCUCCAGCAGCAGGAGAGCCUGUCCCCCGGCCCCUUUUUCCGAGGCAGCCCCUUUCAGGACCAGGAGAGGUACCGCAACCUGGAGAAGCGGCGGGAGGAGCUGGCCAACAUCCACAAGCUCCAGCAUCAGUUCCAGCAGGACCAGCAGCGCUGGCACCGCAGGUGCGACCAGCAGCAGCGGGAGCAGGCGGCCAAGGCCAGCUGGCUGCAGGAGCGCGAGCGGGAGUGCCAGUCGCAGGAGGAGCUGCUGCUCAGGAGCCGCGGGGAGCUGGACCAGCAGCUCCAGGAGUACCAGCAGAACCUGGAGCGGCUGCGGGAGGGCCAGCGCCUGGUAGAGAGGGAGCGGGAGAGGAUGCGGGCCCAGCAGAGCCUGCUGUGCGGCUGGAAACACAGCCGGCAGAGUAGCCUUCCCGCAGCGUUUUCCCCGGGAAGCAUGGAGGUAAUGGAACUUAAUCGAUCUGAGAGUUUAUGUCAUGAAAAUUCAUUCUUCAUCAAUGAAGCUUUAGUACAUAUGUCACUUAACACUUUCAACAAACCAACUUCAUCAGAUAUCCAUCAGGAUGCCACGUACCCCCGAGAUAUGUCUCAUUCUGCUUUGCUAAGGACUAAUGAAAAUCCAGUGGACCUCAAGAUGGACCUUUCUCAGCCCUUGGAUGUCAGCCAUGAACUGUGGAUAGCCGCUGGGUCCUGCCAUCAGAUACCCCCUCUCCACCAAAGCAGCGAGGAUCCUUGUAAAAAUGAUUUGGACAUCUCUCAGACUGAAUACCCACCCCUUAGCGACUCCAAUCCACACGGCCCUCAGCUGCAGACAUUUAUAGCAGAAGCAAAGCUCAGUCUACAGAGAGUGACCAGCCCAGAUGGGGAAUCUGGAGAUGGAGCAGAAGAAAAUAUUGUUUACCUCUAACUGUGUUGUUGUGUUUCCAAACAAAACAAAACACUGGUGUUUUCGGGAGAAAUUUCUUUUUCCUUUUCCUGAUGUGUGUGUGACUGCGUCCACAUUGCUUUAGGAGUAAUAUUUAACGUUUCGUGCAAGUUCAUUUGGGGGCAUGAGUCUAAUAAUUAAAUUAUUGAAA